AUGCUUUUCCUCCUUGUAGUUGACGUUCUUUGUAGGAUGCUGCGUAACAGCUGCGACCAUGGAGACCUCUCUGAACUUCAUCUUAAGGGCCAGCUCAAUGAUAUCAAAUCAUUGCAAUUCGUAGAUGACACCAUUAUUUUCAACAAAGCAGCUGAGUCAGAUAUCAUCAACCUCAAAUUAAUCCUGUAUCUUUUUAAAAACUUCUCUGGUUUGGCCAUCAACUUGUCCAAAUCCAACCUGCUCUACAACGGCAAAUCUUCAUCCAAAGGAGCAACCUUGGCCAACAUUCUCAACUGCUCAAUCGCAUCCCCUCCCAUCAAGUAUCUUGGUUUCCCCCUCAAACGUGGUUCUCUCUCCAGAUCAGACUGGCAACCUCUAUUGGACUCCCUCCAUUACAAACUCUCAUCAUGGAAAAGCAAGCAUCUAUCUAUCGGGGGUCGUCUUGUCCUUCUAAAAUCAGUCCUUUCCUCCUUACCAGUAUACUAUAUGUCCUUCUUCAAGCUUCCUCCUUGGCUCAUCAAGAAUAUAGAUCGCAUUAGACACAACUUUUUAUGGGGUAAGGCCUCAGACAACAUCAAAGGUAAUAAUCCAGUUAAUUGGAGGACUGUCUGUUCCCCCAAAGCUAGUGGAGGACUGGGUGUGAUCAACCUUCAUCUAUUCAACUCUGCCCUCCUCUCUAAAUGGUUAUGGCAUUACUUGGAUAACGGUGUGAUCAACCUUCAUCUAUUCAACUCUGCCCUCCUCUCUAAAUGGUUAUGGCAUUACUUGGAUAACACCAGCUAUGUAGGGAGGGUUCUUCAACUCUGCCCUCCUCUCUAA